AUGCUGCCGGACGUAACAUCAGACAGCCACAUGGAGACUGGUGAAUCUGAGCAACAAGUCCCAAUAGCAGUCGUGGGAUACAGCCUAGAGUUUCCUCAAGAUGCCACAGACCCAGAGGCCUUCUGGCAAAUGAUUGUCGAGGGGAGGAACGCCAGCACGGAAUUUCCGUCCGAUCGCAUCAAUAUUGACGCCUUUUACCACCCCGACCCUACGCGGAACUCUUCGAUAGCUGUUCGAUGUGGUGCAUUCGUAAAGGAACCUCUAGGCGCUUUUGAUGCCCCGUUCUUCUCCAUCACGCCUGCUGAGGCCGCUUGCAUGGACCCCCAGCACAGGAGGAUGCUCGAGACCGCAUAUCAUGCUCUGGAAGACGGUAGCUUCACCGACGAUUACCGAAGCGUGAUGCAGCAAGACUUUGAAUCCGAACACAAGCAUGCCGCUACAGGCAUAGCCUUCUCGAUGCUGGCGAAUCGCCUCAGCUGGUUCUACAACUUCAAAGGCGCGUCUAUGAAUCUUGAUUCCGCAUGCUCCAGCAGCCUUGCCGCACUACAUUUUGCCUGUCAAGAUCUCUGGACGGGAUCCUCUGAAAUGGCAAUGGUGGGUGGUGCGAAUUACAUGUAUCACCCAGACUUUAUGAGGUUCUUGUCCAAUCUCAACUUUUUGUCACCCGAUGGACGCUGCUGGAGUUUUGAUGAGCGUGCUAAUGGUUAUGCCCGUGGUGAGGGCUGCGCGGUCUUGGUACUCAAACGCCUGCCUGACGCUAUUGCGGCCGGUGAUAACGUGAGGGCGAUUAUUCGCACAACGGGCCUCAAUCAGGAUGGGAGAACGCCCGGGAUCACGGUGCCAAAUGAGGAUGCGCAAGUCGAGCUCAUUCGGAACACAUAUGCCAAAGCUGGGCUUUCUAUGGAGCCUACGAGGUAUUUUGAGGCACACGGAACUGGAACAGCGGUUGGUGAUCCUACGGAAGCCAGUGCAAUCGCUCGAGCCUUCGAUCAUGUUAGAACCAGAGAAGAUCCGCUGUACGUGGGCGCCGUCAAAGCCAACGUCGGACAUCUUGAGGGGUGUAGUGGUCUUGCCGGUGUAAUCAAGGCUCUCCUCGUCCUCGAAAAGGGGUAUAUCCCACCAAUCGCCGGCCUUGAAACGCUGAACAAGAAGUUGACACCUGAGAAGGGGAACAUUCGAUUUCCCCAAGUCGGUCUAGCCUGGCCGUCGACGGGUCUUCGUCGAGCAUGUGUCAAUUCGUUCGGCUUUGGGGGGACCAAUGCCACCGCGGUGCUAGACAAUUGCGACUACCACUUGAGCAUCGUCAGAAACCGACAUGCCAAUCGCGGUUCAUUACAAGACUCGGAUAGUACAUCAUCAGCUCCAACUUCCAACGGGGUCCACAGUAGCGACGACUUGGAUCCUAUCCCUGCAGAACACACGAAUGGAGAUUGUUCAACUCUAGCACGUCCCUCGGCGACCCCUAGGCUACUGCCAUGGUCUGCGUUCGAUGAGCAAAGCGCAAAACGGCUGGGCGAGAUGUACCUCAGCCGUUUCAAUGACUUUAAAGACACUCUCGACGAUGCUGCUUACGUGCUAUCACAACGACGGACACUCUUUCCCUGGCGAGGUUUUGCUGUAUUGGACAGGCUCAGCAACAUCGAAAUGGCUCGCCUCCCCUCACCAGCCCCCAAAAAGGCUCUCGAAAAUCGCCAAGUCGCAUUUGUAUUCACAGGGCAGGGCGCCCAAUACCAAGGAAUGGGAUCGCAGCUGACACAUUUCAACGUCUUCUCCGCCAGUCUGCAACACUCACAACGAAUACUGGAUGCGUGUGGUUGUCCUUGGUCGGUUUUCGAUUUCCUCCACAUGGACACUCACAGCCGUGUCAUUGAUGAGCCAGAAUAUGYGCAGCCAGUGACCACUUGUCUCCAGCUUGCGCUGGUAGAUUUGUUCAGAUCUUUCGGCAUCACUCCAAGUCUGGUCAUGGGACACUCAUCGGGCGAGAUAUCUGCCGCUUACGCCGCCGGCGCUCUGAGUCAAUCUGCCGCUGUAAGGAUUGCGUAUCAUCGUGGCUUGCUCUCUGCCAAAAUCGCCCGCUCGAGGGGCGAUCUGGGGAUGAUGGCUGUGGGGCUCUCAUCUCAUGCAGUGGCGACAUAUAUCGAAAGGUUGAGCUCGUCAUACGAGAAUGUCCAGGUCGUUGUGGCUUGCAUGAAUAGUCCCAAGAGUGUGACGCUGAGCGGCGUCGUCGUCCAGCUCAAGGCAUUGAAGCAUUGGCUUGAGCAUGAUGCUAUCUUUGCAAGAGUACUGCGAGUGCCUGUUGCUUAUCAUCCACCUUUCAUGAAACCAGUAGCUGAAGACUACGCCGCUUCUUUGGGCACGCUCGAGAGAAGCUCAGGGAAAGAGUGGAUCCCAAUGAUCUCCUCAGUGACUGGCGACAUUGUGACUGAGAAAGACUUACUAGACGCAAACUACUGGGUCCGCAAUCUGGUCUCUCCUGUACAAUUCGACAUGGCCUUUUCGAAGCUUCUGGGUCAAGCACAUAAGAAAGCCCGCAAGCAGCUAGGAAAAGCAACACAAAAAGCGCUACGAAUCACCGAGAUUUUGGAAAUUGGUCCACAUCCGGCGCUUCAGGGAGCAAUUCGUGACAUGAUAAGUAUAAGCAGUAACCCGGCGACAAUGGUCUAUCAUUCCUCCUUACUACGAGGGGAAGACGCAAACUUUGCCGUGAUGAGAAUGGCCGGUACUUUGCACUGCUCAGGAGUGCCUGUCAAGAUUGAUAAAGUCAAUCAGGCGAGUCAUAGGCCUCUGGAACGAGUGGCGAGACUUCCUUCGUAUCCCUUCAACCACUCGCGUGUUUACUGGGAAGAAAGCCGCAUAAGCAGGAACAUUCGCUUUCCCAGACAUGGACGCAUCGAUCUGCUUGGAACAAGAAUCCCAGAUGGGAUUCCCGAAAACCCCGUCUGGCAAAGCGUUAUUCGCUGCAGCGAAUUGCCCUGGAUAGAGGACCAUCGUGUCCAGGGCGAACGAAUCUUACCCGCCAGUGCCAUCCUCAUCAUGGCAGUCGAAGCUUUCAGGCAAGUCUUUGGCGACAAUGACAAUAUAAAAGGUUGUCGACUUCGGGACGUGGCAUUCGUCCAUCCCAUUGAAUUUCCCUCGAAUGUCGACCGAGUAGAAGAGACUAGAUUUGUUCUGAAUUUGCCACCUCCUCACGCAGAUUACUGCGUAGCUUGGUCGGAUUUCAAAGUGUUUGUUAUUGAUGGCCACGAGAAUUUUGUUCCGUGCUGCACUGGUGCCAUACGCGGAAGCCUGGUCGACGCUUCUUGCCCGAUGCCAUGUUUUGAGGGGCAUGAAUGUCUGCCUGAGUGGAUCGAGUUCACCGAGAGAACGUGCACGGAUGACCUGGACAUGCAAGCAAUCUAUGACUCGGUAACGAGGGAUGGGGUCCAAUAUGGGCCCUGUUUCCAGAUUUUGGAAAAUCUUCAUGUGGGUCACCCCGGACAAGCUUUKGCCAAUAUCAACACUGGUAAAUGGCGGAAGACGACAGAGGGGAGUUUCUCAUCGCAUCCCGUUCAUCCGACUGCAUUGGAUGCCGCAAUCCAGCUUUUGACGCUGGGGCUGAGUCAAGGACGGCAGGACUUUCCCACCAUGAUGCCAUCCCGUAUUGCCAAUGCUUGGAUUGACUGCCAACACAGCGAAAUACUGAACAAUGGARGUAUCAGCUCGAUGGCGCGGUGCUCGAUCAAGGGUCAUCGGUCAGCUGGCGCCGACAUAUCCUGGCUACGGAGCGAAAUGGCGAUCCUCUCGUCUGGCUGCAAGGCAUGGAAGCCACUUUUAUCGAUGGUUUCCAUGGUGCGUUGA